UGUCUCAGUGUGAAAAAUUCCGUGCCACAACAGAAUUGCAAGAGAAAUACUAUCAAAUACCACCACCUUGGAGUAGAAAUGCAUUUAAAUCUGAUCUCAAAAGUUAAGCAAUUGACAAUUGGUGACUGUUGAGAGGCAACGAAUGAGAAGACGCCACGUAACCGCACGACCACAUCUCUCUCUUCUCCCUCCCUCUAAUCUCUAUCAAAGAUCUGCAACGCUUUCUCUUCCCAUGAUUUUUCUCUCUGCCUUGCCAUGACGGAACCAACCCAGCCUUCCACGUCAUCCCCAAGCACCGUGAUUCACCCAAGGCGUGAGCCCUUCGAGCACGGCCUCUUGCCAAUCCCCCGCCUCAUCUUCUCCGACCCCGCCCAAACCCUAAUUCCCUUGAAGCACAAGCUUCUACAGCUAUCCUCCAACCACCGUGUCCACUCCGCCGCCAUCUCCGACGCCCUUCAGAUCUCCAUUGAGCACGCCACCCUCGUCCUCGAUACCCUCGCCUCGGUUCUCCACUCCGACGCCGAACCUCUCGUCACCGCCAACCUCGACCAAAUCGACUCCGUGGGCGUCGACGUUCAUGAUCUGCUCUUGUUCCUCUACAUUCAAUCCUACAAGAAGCUUCUCCCCCGCACGCACAAGGAUUCCGCCACUGUCGCCGACGUCUGGCCUUCCACUUCCGCCUUCGACGGCUACUUGUCCGCCCUCUCCCCGCUCCAGCUUGUACGCAGCAACAGUAGGCGGUUUACGCCAUCACAGGCUGAUGAAGAGGCGCAUCAGUUGUCGUACUUGCAAAAGCAUUUGGCUAACAUUCUGUCUCUUCUAGCAGAGCCUGUAGAGGGAGAAGGCGAAGAGUCUCUGGUUUUAUCUAUGGAUAGAUUCGAGCAUCUUGGGUUUCUAAUUCAUUUUGGUGAUAAGGGAUCCGAAGGAAACUCUUUUAGUCAAUGUUCUCCUUUUUUUGCAAACUCAGACCCUGACAUGCCUGCAGUUCCUGUUCCUGCUGCACAAGUUCAUGACUGGCUUCUGCAGAAUAUAGCUGCUGCUUUGGAAUAUAUUUCUGAACGGACUUCUUCAAAGGAAAAUGGCCCAGCUAGUGCCUCUGAUCAGGAUGUUGCAAUGACUGAUGCAAACACCGUCUCAGUUAAGGUCUCAACAAAUACUAGAGGUGCAAGUUUCAUUGAAGGGAUCUCUAAAUCGUCAUAUGCAAAGAAUGCAUCUGAUAUUAAAGGUUCCUCUGUUAAGGUUCUAAAUUGCCACGAGUCUGCCAUCUACAUCCUAGCACCAUUGAGAUAUGCCACCGUCUAUGGAUGUUCAGAUGCAACUAUAGUUCUUGGAGCAGUUGGCAAGGCUGUGAGAGUAGAACACUGUGAACGAGUACAUGUAAUUGUAGCAGCGAAACGCAUUUGUAUUGCUAAUUGCCGUGAAUGUGUUUUCUUUUUGGGAGUAAAUCAGAAGCCACUUAUUCUUGGUGAUAACCAUAACCUGCAGGUGGCUCCCUAUAAUACUUUUUACUCCCAAUUGGAGGAGCAUAUGAGUGAAGUUGGAAUUGUGCCCAUGGUGAACCGAUGGGAUGAACCUCUAGCAUUGGGCAUGGUUGACCCCCAUGAUUCAUUAUCUCAUCCAGCAGGUGUCUCUGAUGUUCAAGCUGAGUCUGCUACACAGUUGGACCCUGAUCAGUUCACUAAUCUUGUGAUUCCAAACUGGCUAGGAGGAGAGUCCACUGGGGCUACAAAAGCCAACCCUUUCACAUUACCGGAUGCUUAUAUCGCAUCUCAUCAUAAAAAUCUAAAAAAUUUAGGGGAAAUAAAACAACUCUUGCAAGAAGCAUCUUUAGAAGAAAGUCGCAAACGAGAAAUGUCAUCUGCAAUCCAUGUGUACUUCAGGGACUGGUUAUAUGCUUCGGGGAACAUUCGUCAGCUUUAUUGUCUACAAGGCGAUUAAUCUUUGUGAGACAAUGCUAUGGCACAGUUAAUGGUACAGGAACGAGGUUUCUGGCUUCCUUUUUGAACUUCCUCUUCAAUUCCUUUGCCAAUUCUAUUGGCCGCAUAGGUAGCUGAGAUCAGAUGACUUGAAAGCCCACCUAUUUAUGCCGUGACAUCACCGGUGCGCAGAGUCGAAUGAAAAACACAGUUGCUAAUCUGAUUGUAAUAUUUUUUUUUGUUUGUGAAAAUAAUUACUGUAAUAUUUUGUUAGCCUAAAUUAAUGGCCUUUGUGAAAAAUUCCAGCUGCCAACGUCUAGUGUACUGCAUUGCAUGUCUUCCAACUUCGAGUUUUUUUCAUUUAAUUAAACUUCCCAGGAAUUUCUCUUGGGUCCUCUAGCUUUGUGACU